AUGACUCUGAAUAACAACUGCACCAAGUGUUCUACUGAGCUGGCUUCCCCUGAUAAUAUUCUUGCACACAUUCGUAACAGAUUAUUGGGAGCGACAUCUCUAGAUUAUUCCACAACUGCAGAACAGGCAUUCCGCUUUGGACCACCAAGCCUGCGGUUUUUAGCUCCUAUUGCGAGGUAUGCUGUAAAUAUAAUGCUUAUGUUUACACAACUUGGAUUUUGUUGUGUUUAUUUCCUUUUCGUCUCGAGCAGUUUGUAUGAGGUAAGAAAUCGUUUAUUUAAGGCUAAAUGUUUGAUUAUUGGAUAUAAAAAUGAUAUAACCCUCGACGUUCUUCCUCUUCAGAAUGCUAUGAAAACACCCGAGGAUUUCGGUGGUUUAAGCGGUGUCCUCACUACAGGCAUGGUAAUUGUGAUUUGUCUGUAUACUGCAGUCGGCUUUUACGGAUAUUUAAAGUAUGGAAAUUAUGUGAAAGCAAGUAUAACAUUCAAUCUGCCAUCAGUUCCAUUGAGUGAAUUAAUUCGACUCACAUUUGCCGUUGCCGUCUUCCUGACGUAUGCUCUUCAGUUUUACGUGCCUCUAUCAAUCAUAUGGUCUUACCUGAAAGAGAAGUUUCAGAUGGAAGGGAGGUGUUCUUCCAGAGUUCAAACUAUUUCUGAACUUCUUCUUCGUACUUUUUUAGUAUUUAUCACAUGUAAGUAUGGCUAUACUGAUUUCGACCAAAGAAAGAUGACCCUGAUUAUCAUCAAAGAUGUUGCCAUCAUAUUAUUUGGAAUAUUUGGGUGUAUCAUCGGUACAUAUACAACAAUUAAGGAAAUAGUGCACCAAAUAGGGGAGCCCUCAUGAUAUCUGUCUAUGACAGUUAUUAUAAAUAUGCAUGUAUUUGUACGUGAAGGGCUUGAGGUGACAUAAUGAUAAGUUUUGAUGAUAGCUUCACAUCAAACAGUUCCUUGGUGGUAUAUUUUCCUGAUAGGUACAUUACAAAUUUCUCUAGGAAACUGCCCAAUACAUGAAAAUAACUUAUUGCGCCAAAGAAAACUGAGAAUUGUUUUCCACUAAAAGCCCUCUGGUAAAAAUUAAAAAAUGUGGCUUAUCAUUACAUUCCCCCAAACCUUUUGUAUAUUAGAAGAGCUUAGUCAAAGAAGGUGCAAAGUAACAUUUUAUUCGAGUACAAAUGUGCUAUGAUGACAAUAGGAAGUAAUAACAAAGUAUAAUGAUGCUUCUGUGCUCUUCAAUUUUGUCUAGUUUCGCCACUGUUUUGUACAUAUUGCUCCGACGCCAUUUUAAUAUUUUUUACAGAGAUGAUUACGUUUUAAGACUAGAAUGUAGAUGAUGUCUUGAAAAUUCACUGUAUCUGUGAAAGCUAGAUUAGCGCUUUUAGCCACUACGUGUACCAUUUUUUUUUAAAAUUCCAUUAUUUAAAUAUAAGAAACUGAGAGAAUGUUCCAACUCUUUCUAAUGCCGUGUGUCUAAGACAACUUAAUUCAGACAAAUCAUUAGAAAUGUAAAACUAUUUAAUUAUUAAUUAACCCUCUAAAGGUUAAAUUCGUCAGCCAUAUUUUUAAAUAAGUAAGUUUUUAAGAAAAUAUGUUUUUUAAAGUAUUAUCCCCUGUUGCUACAUUUUCUAAAACUGAUGUUUUUAAAUUAGCUAAAAUGUUACUUAGAACCUUCUUCCAUUUUGUUCUUCAAAUAUAUAUAUUAUUUAUAGCUAGUUACAUGUUUAAUUUGACUGUCAGUGUACUUAUGUAUAUUCUCCAUAAAAGUAUGUGUAUUUUGUAUAAUAGCUGAUAAUCAGUUGAAAUAUGUUUAAUUUAACUGCCAUUGUACUUAUGUCUAUGCUCCGUAAAAAUAUUUGUGCUUUGUAUAA